UUUUUGUUUACAAUCACUCUCUCCAUUUUCUCUGUUUGGUUCUCAAGAAAUGGCUCUCACUGGUAAAGUGAGUACUGAACUUAAAAUUCAUAGCCCUGCUGCUAAGUUCUUCAAUAUUUUUGUGGAGCAACUUCACCACAUUCAAAACAUUACUGAAACUGUGCAUGAAACCAAGCUGCAUGAAGGAGAGUGGCAUGAUGUUGGUUCUGUUAAGCACUGGACUUACACUGUAGAUGGUAAGGUAGCAUCAUGUAAGGAAAGCAUUGAGGUGAUUGAUGCACAAAACAAAUCACUCACUUUCAACAUUUAUGAUGGAGAUGUUGCAAAACAGUACAAGAUCUUAAAGGCUCACUUACAAGUGAUUGAUCAGGGUGAUGGCAGUGCUGUCGCUAAAUGGACCUACGAAUUCGAGAAGGUCAAUGAAGAUAUUAAACCUCCAUAUGCCUACCUGGAAUUUGUGACUAAAGUCACCAAAGAUGUUGAUGAUCAUCUUAUCAAGGCAUAG